CUUUUAUAUAUUGUAGGAAUUAUCGCUCUAAUAUUGCUAAUUCUUCUCGUACAUGAUCCUGAACGAGGAGCGGCUGAUAAAAGUGAAGGACAUCUUGAAACGUCGGAAACAAAGAGUUCUUACUGGGAAGAUCUGAAGGCGCUUAUCUGCAUUCCCACAUUCGUCUCCUGCACAUGGGCAUAUACCGCCUUAUUAUUUGUGACUGGAACAUUAAUAUGGUGGGAGCCGACCAUCAUUGAGCAUUCAAUGGCAUGGAGAGAUGGCCUUAAUGACACACGUCUUCUUCCAAAGAGCCAGAAGGACCAGGUUGGACUGAUUUUCGGAGGGAUUACGACCAUAUCAGGGCUGAUUGGGGUCACUGCAGGAACAGUCUUUGCAGGGAUGCUGCGACAAGGUCGAGGGAUAUGUCGCCCAAUAAGAACCGAGAGAGCCCAACCGAUAAUAUCUGGGAUUGGAUCGCUAAUCGGUGCUCCUCUACUUCUUGUUAUAUUUUUGAUUGGCCAUAAGAGCAUUGUCCCACUUUGGGGUGUUAUUGUGCCAUCACGAAGAAGUACAGCAUUUUCCUACUUCAUGCUCAUCUCACAUCUAUUUGGAGAUGCUACUGGCCCCUACAUUAUUGGAGCGGUAUCGGAUGCAAUACGCGGAGAAGUGAAAACCCCGAAGACGCAUUACAUCUCAUUAGUGAAAGCAUGUUCCGUCACUGUGAUCUUAUUGUGCAUAUCGGCUGCACUUUAUUUUCUGUCGGCAGCAACGCUUUUAAGAGACCAGAAGAAGUUUAAGAAACAAAUGGGUAUGUGA